GCAUGAGCGCGAGGGAAAGAGUUGUAAACGCGAAGCGCGUGCUGGAAAAGCCGAGGCGUAGGGCUGAGAGCAGCGCGAGCACCGGAGAUCAGCAGGGGCAUCACUCGUCACAACAUCCAGCCUCUCAUCCGCCCUCUCUCCAUUUUGUCGUGGGUUUUUUCGUUUUUAUCGUUUAAGUGUGACUCGUGGUGAGCGACAGUACCCGAGUUCCGCAGCGAGGCUUUUGUUAGCCCGUGUUGGGGGCAGUUACUAUUGCCCCUCAGUGGGGGAGCGCGUUAUCAUCUUUCGGUUAACGUAUUUGGGAGGCAAAACCGCAGCCUCUCACCGCGUGUUCGUCCAAAAUCGAUUUUAGGUGUGUUGUAGCGUGAUUUCGGAUCUGGUUUGACCGGAUUAACUGGGAUUUUUUUAAAAAACAGCGUCGCGGCUCUUUGUGUGGCUUCAGCUUCGUGUCCCUCUUGCAAGCUACCCAAAGUUCCGCACUCCGAGCUCCAAAACAUGUGCUCCCGGGUGUGGUUCAUCACCGACCGGCGGAUCAGCCAGGAGUACCCGCAGGUCCAGAUCCUGCGAGCUCUGAAGGAGCGCUGCGCCGAGGACGAUGUUGAAUUCCGCUAUCUUCUAAUGGAUGAGAUCGUCCUGACCAUCACGGAUGGACAGCUCGGUCUGCGGGUAGGGCAGGAAAUCGUUACCUCAUACCCGCAAGUUGCCGUGGUGCGCGUUCCAACCCCAUGGGUCCAGUCGGACAGCGACAUCACCGUUCUGCGUCACAUGGAGAAGAUGGGCUGUCGUCUGGUCAACCGGCCUCAGGCCAUCCUCAACUGUGUCAACAAGUUCUGGACUUUCCAAGAGCUCGCUGGACAUGGAGUGCCUCUGCCAGAUACGUACUCCUACGGAGGACACGACAACUUCCGCAAGAUGAUCGAUGAAGCCGAGCCGCUGGGUUACCCCGUGGUGGUGAAGAACGCUCGUGGACACCGAGGUAAAGCUGUGUUCCUAGCCCGGGAUAAGCACCACCUGUCGGACCUGUGUCAUCUGAUUCGCCAUGACGCCCCGUACCUGUUUCAGGAGUAUGUCAAGGAGAGCCAUGGACGGGAUGUGCGAGUGGUUCUGGUCGGGGGGAGAGUGAUCGGAUCCAUGUUGCGCUGCUCUACCGACGGACGCAUGCAGAGCAACUGCUCACUGGGUGGUGUGGGAAUGAUGUGCCCCCUCAGUGAGCAGGGGAAGCAGCUGGCCGUGCAGGUGUGCAACAUUUUGGGAAUGGACGUCUGCGGAAUCGACCUGCUGCAGCUAAAUGACGGUUCCUUCGUGGUGUGCGAGGCCAACGCCAACGUUGGCUUUAUCGCGUUCGACCAGGCUUGCGGGAUGGACGUGGCGGGCAUCGUGGCCGACUACGCCCUCUCGCUCCUGCCGAGCCGCCUCAGCAGGAAGAUGUCGCUGCUCUCGGUGGUCUCCAGCACCAGCGAAACCAGCAGCGAACCCGAGGUGUGUAUCCAGACCGAGGUGAUCAUCCCCACAGAGGUGUGUAUUCCCAAUGAGAUCUGCCCACCCGGCGCCACAACCUGUGCUAUCACCGACGCCGUCUCCACCAUGAGCACAAGCUCCACCUCUAGCGAGAGCGAAGCGGAUCUAACCGAAACGGGGCCCGCCCCCGUCACCGCAGAUCCCGCCUACAAUAUCAACUCCCUUCUCGCGAGUGAGAUAAAACUGUUGACUGAGUGAGCUGGAAUUACAGCCACAAACACACUUGCACACACACAAACACACACAUACACAUCAAAGAGCGAAACAUACUGAAGUGGACAUUAUACGUACAGAUGCACAUGUGUAAUCAUACUAACCCUCCCUGUAAACCCCCAUCUGAGGCUGCUCCCCUGAUGUUUCUUCUCCAUUGACAGACUAUAGAGUUAUACAAGUGUACAGUGCAGUCGGAAGUGCACUAGAUAGUGUACACUCCAGCCUGGCUGUAGCGCACCAGCUUAAUAUGCGUUUGCCACUGUAAUUUGAGGGUGCAUGCACUGUAGAGUGGUUUUCCAAAUGUAACCUUUCAGCUCCCAUCAACUGGAUUCUGAUGUACAUACUGUGGGUUAGGGUACACAUAUACUGACAUACACUUGAGGACAUAUUAAAGUCUGUAUUAUAGAGAGAGAAUGAAUGCAUUUUGUCUGUUACAAACCUUGUGGUAAAGCCUGGCUGAAAGUAUAAUGCAUUGCAUGCGUGGGGUGAGAAUGAGGAAACCGAACGGACCUAAAUUUCAACUGCCCACCAGGAUACAAAGGCACAUACCUCCCUGCCCUCAAAAAGCCCACACAGACAGACACAUAGAGGGACAGCAAGAACAAAAACUGGAAAGCUGUGAAUAUUCUCAUCCAUCCCAACUCUUUUAAAAGCAUGAAUGAGUACGAGUUAUUUUAGUCUGUUGCGGUGGCUGCCUGUAGUAAAUGAAUUACUGCUGAUCAGACGAGCGUAAAGGUUUCAUUUGCUUUGCCUGUGUCGGUAAAAUUGAAUGACUGAUGUGGGACCCGUUUUGAAUUACCUUCCUUAAUGUGUAGUAAGCGAGGAUUCGGCACGUAGGAACUUAAUUCUCACAGGCAUCUUCUGUGAAUGAGGCGGCCAUUUUAGAAAUCCACCAUUUUGAACUGGUUAAAGCACUCUGUUUAUGGAUCAAUAGUAUGGAAGACUAGUAUAUACUUUAAAACUGAGCUUCUUUUUCCAAUGUUGUCUAUUCAAAUCUGCUAAUGACCACAUGCCAGUCUGCAUGUCUGCCACCCCGAAAGCAAUUCCCCACGUAUUAGAGGCUGAACAGUGAGUUGCAUAGAAGUAAAGCAAGUAGACUUUUAAAUACUAAUGUUUUUACCACAAGGGCUGAACGUUUUGCCAACACUAAGCGCUGACGAUGAAUAAGCUAUUUGUCUUCAACGAUUUGUUUGUACCGAAAUACUGCAACAAUAAAACUGAAGUGUCAACUCAGAUCGGUGCUACAGCUGCUCUUAAUUCAGCCCAGUGGUCUAAUGGCCAAUGAAAGAAAACCAGGAAUUGUAUUGAUUUUACAUUUAUUCGUCGCACUCAAACUUAUAUCUGUGCACCAUGCAUUUCUCACAAGUCUAAUUCUUUUAUUCAAAGUUGGAGUUCACUUCCAGAACAAAAAUUACAGAUAAUGUUCUCGCUCCCUUGUCAUCUGAGAUGCUUGUGUUUCUUCAGUUGAUAAGAAAUUGUUUCUUGAGGGGAAAAAAAAAAAAAUUUCAAUGUAGUAGAGUUCAAUGGUCCCCCCAAGUUUGAACUUCCAAAUGCAGUUUCAAAUGGCUCUACACGAUCCCAGCCGAGGAAGAAGGGUCUUAUCUAGCAAAACAAUCGGUCAUUUUCGAAACAAAAGGACAAUUUAUAUAGGUUUUAACCUCAAACGCUCGUUUGUCUAGGUCUGCAUUAAGUGUUUUUUUUUUUUUUUUUUUUGUUUUUUUUUCUCUCCCUGGGUCAAUACAGUUGGGGUAUAUCGAAAAACUCCCGUUUCGUUUUCUUCCCCAACUUCAAAAUCAGAAGUACCGACCCAGUGUUUACAAAGUGAACAUGCAAAGAACAUCAAAAGCCCUUUACCCAAAAAGGCUGAAACAGCGAUGUAGGAUGAUUUUGACAUUGAAGAAGAAAACGAGACGAGAGUUUUUCAACCCUAACUGUAUUAACCCCGAUUACACAGACGAGCAUUUGAGGUUAAAAAGUAUAGAAAUUGUCAAAAAAAGACAGAUCGUUUUGCUAGAUAAGACCCUUCUUCCUUGGCUGGGAUUGUUUAGAGCCAUUUGAAGCUGCAUUUAAACUGCAUUUUGGAAUUUCAAACUUGAGGGCACCAUAGACGUCCACUAUAAGGAGAGAAAUCCUGAUUUCUCAAGAAACAUAAUUUCUUAUCGACUGAAGAAAGAAAGACACGAACAUCUUAGAUGACAAGGGAGUGAGUAAAUUAUCUGUAGUUUUUUUGCUCUCGAAGUGAACUUCUCGUUUAAGCGACUCCGUAAAAACGUCCCUUUUUUCGAUCUGGUAGUGUCUCAAAUUCCUAAUUUCAGCACAUUCGCGUAAUGAAAUUCACAUCGAGUCUUAAGAAUUGCCUACAGCAGCAAAAGUGGACCAAGCUCACAAUUCAAACCAGCUCAGAAUGGUUUACAAUGUUAGACGUCAUAGAGUUUAGAUCAAUUACAUGUGAGUUCGGAUUUAGAUGAAAUAGUUUACAUUAAGAUGCAAUAUAGAUUUGAAAUUUCGAGUCGACUCAGGGAAGCAGCCUUGAUCAAAUUCCUCUCCUUGGAAACACAUUCAUGCUAGACAAGUCCUGCCUAUGUGUAACAAUAAACAAAAGGACAAAGCGUUAUAAAAUAUUAAGAAAUAGAUGCUGUGAGACCUGAUGGUUACAUGCACUCUUUUCUUGUUUGUUUUAUAAUAUUUAGUGUUCUGUUGUCUUGUUUUCCUAAUUUAUAAUUCUUUUUUUUUCUGAGAAAAAGAUAAAACUGGGUUCUAUGCGAUAAUCUUGCUUGGGAAAGAUUGAAGCGUGACGAAGGGUUUUGGUGUGAGUUUGACCGAACAGCCGUUGACCACCUGAGACGCGCACACACUCUUCUCACCACCCCCUCUCAAGCGUUGUGAUUUGCUGUCUUGUGUGUGUGAUGUGUUCCAUCAUUUCAUGCAACCAGAGACUUGCACCCUCCACCUCUUCCCACGCAAGAACAAGUGUCCCUGUAAACUCUGACACUUUUCGGUGUUUGCGAUAACGCACCAUAUGGUUGUCGAACUCUUACAAGCUCUGCCUCCACUAGGACACAACAGGACGUUUCUUCUCCCCUUAUGUUAAGUAUCAAACCUGUGUGACUCCAAAUUUUAAUGCAAAUUCAGAAUGGAGAGGUCAAACUCCCAUGAUGGCAUCUCAACUGAGAGCUAAAAUCUGCCAGUGGAAAACAUUGUCUAUAUGAAGUAUUGCUCAGUCUGAUUGAUAAGGUACCACUAUACCCCGCUGACUUGUGCAAGUUGGUAAUUAACUUAGCGUCACAUAACUAAAAAUGAAAAAACAACAGUUGCUGCUAAUGAACACUUAGCUCUCUGGUAUGGAAAAGGGAAAUGUUUUGAGACUCCAUGUGUUCAUUUCAUUGCCUAUUUUUUUUCUUUUUUUAGUGGGAACCUAAAUGCCAAAAACCAAGCAAUGUUGUAUAAUUUAAAACAAGAAAUUACUAGUGAUAGAACGCUAACAUUGAUGUUAUGUGUUAUUACGUAAUAAUACCAAUAAUACCAAUAAAGACAUUUUAAAAAUGUCCAGAACAUCAAA